GACGGUGCUGACGGCUGGGAGGACGAAAGGAGAGAGCUUUCGGGAAAAGAAAUAAGGGAGUGGGGAAGGCCCAGGGAUACACCGUCCGUCGGGUAUAAAGACACCUCGUCUCACUUCAACCGCUUAAUUUUUUUCCCUCGGAUCGGCGCUGAAAUGUCGACCAGUCGUCAGUUUAGCGAAAGCAGGGCCAUCCCGACCAGGACGGUGUUGAUCAACGACACAACACAGCUACCUCAUGACUAUUGUACUACUCCCGGAGGCACUUUAUUUUCAACCACUCCGGGAGGAACCCGGAUCAUCUAUGACCGUAAGUUCCUUUUGGACAGGCGUAAUUCUCCCAUUGCCCAGACCCCCCCUGCCCACCUCCCUGUCAUCCCAGGGGUGACCAGCCAAAAUGUCCUGAAUGAGAACAAGAAGAAUGUGGCCAACAACCACAUCAAUAACCAUGACAGCAAGCCAGGAGUUGGUGAUGAUGCUCAGUUUGAAAUGGACAUCUAACAGACUGGAACCACACCAGAAGAAGUUAAAUAAUCUGGCAUACAGGUUCCAGUGGCUUGGCUUGUAGAAACCAAUGUUGUGAGCCCUCAUGGCAGCCAUCUUCUUUAAGCUCUCUGUCUCGCUGCUGGAUGUGAUAUGUGUAAACCAUGGGGAUGCAGUAUAUCAUAAACUAUGUUAUGGACAACCUUGGGGACUAGCCAGAAAGUUGAUUCGAAUAGAUUCCGUGGUUACCAGUAGCCAUGCAGAACCAGCACACAACACAGGAAAGGACCUGAGCUAAAUGUACUUAGGCAAACUUUCAAAUUCACACACGACAGUGCCCAUUUCAAAGCUUACGUUGAUCAUCAUUCUGUAAGUCAGGUUCCAACCAGAGCACAUGGAAAAACUGACACUUCUGUAGGUUGUGUUCAGCCUAAGAAAACUGUACUUUUGAGUGCAGGCCUUUGAAUCAGUCAAAAGGUUUGAUGUUCAUAUUAGUCUUUGGUGUUUGAAGACCAUCUUUAACACUCUAUGAUUUAAAUUAUUUUUGUUUGGGUUUUGAACUACUUGAAAAGCUCCACAAUCUUUUGAUAUUUCUUUAGUCUAAUUAGUUCCAAACGAUUUUACAUAAAGGGAUGCCGUGUUUAGUUUCUUUCAGAAUAGCUCAAGAGUUCAUGUCAUUCCGAUAUUCUAUGUUUCAUCACCAACAUAGGCCUAUAUCUCUCAUGUUUUCAGUGGGGUAAAAGAUUAAAAAAUUGACAAUUAUAGGCCAUUUUUAACUGUUUGUUAAUUGAACAAUAUUUCAUCAUACAGUAAUUAUGUGAGGGGUUUGAUAAAUACGUUUACGGCAAAUGCUUGAUUCCUAAAUUUUGUUUAGAAAUACAUUUGAAGAUAUAACCAGUCAAGCUUGUCAGUUUUGUCACUACUGUAAUCUUUCUGUCCCGAUCCAUUUACAAAUUUCUCUCCUGCAAAGUAAAUUUAAAAAAUGUUUGCUGUAGAUUUAAUCUAGGGUUCCUUCUGUGAAUUACCUGGUUUGUUGUUUUGGCAAGAACCUAAAAACAAGGCAAGGCAAGGAAUUUAUUCUUGGAGACCUCUGGUGGGUGCUUUUGAGUAUUCACACCAUGUAACAUUUAGUACAACGUGAGAAUUUCUAAAUUUUGAAAGAACUAUUUGGAGACUUUUGAAACCUUGAAAUUAUCCAAGUGUUUUAUAUACAUCUUAUUUGUAAUGAAUUUUCUUGCUUUAAAAGAAUAUAUUUUCCAGGCGAUUGUAGAGUUUAAGAGGGCCAACUCCUUAAAAUGGUUACUAGCCAGAAAUCAUCUGCCACAUUGGUCUUAUACACAGACUGUAUGGUUUGGAUAUAAGCCCACUCAAGCCUUUUUAUUUAUUUCAGCUGUCAAGGAACCAGAAAAAGUUGUUUGCAUUGGGUUAGGUACAUAAUAUAACAUUAAUCUACAAUACGUGUCUUCCCCCAGUGUCCUUAAUCUGUUACUUUACCUUAUUCUCUUGUGCUAAAUAUAUCUGCCCAUGCCUUACAUUACUUGAGCUAAAAUGCAGUGACUAAAACUAGGGUCUUUGUCAUCAGAUAUACUUUUCAACAGAUAUUUUGUUUAUUUUUUUAAGUGCAACAUUGUACAGUUAACACUGUGUUUACCAGCUGGGAAAAAUAACAACUUUUGUCAAAUCAUGUAUUUUGCUAUCCAUUUUCCCUUCAAGCAGCCAGGUUGGCUGUCCAUAAUGUCAUUAUUUUGAAUGGUGAUAUUUCAAAUAGCAUAAUUAGCUGCAUGCAGUGGUGGAUCUGGAGAUUUUUUCCUGGGGUGGCAAAGGGGUGGCAAGACUGUGUCCCAGAGGUGGCAGCUGCCACCCCUUGCCACCCUGUAGAUCCGCGCCUGUGAGGGGGAGGGGGAUUCUAAAUCGGCGACUUCUGUUUGAGAUGAGUUUGGUGCGGGUCUCAUUGACCUUCACCAUGCAUGUACAUAAAAUAUACUUUAAAAACAUAUUAUCUGAUUUAUAAAUGGGGUGGCAACAGGGGUGGCAAGACUGUGUCCCAGAGGUGGCAGCUGCCACCCCUUGCCACCCUGUAGAUCCGCCCCUGGCUGCAUGUGAUUUAGAUUUAAAAGACUUCCCAAUGCUCCAUAAGUUGCACAAUUUAUUUUCUUUUUAGUUUUUCUUGCUACGAUCACAGUCCAAUCUGCAGUCCAAAUAGCAGGCGUGAUCUCUGCAAAUAAAUUACAAUAAGACACCCAUUUACAAAUCAUACUAUUAGUUUUACUGCUUUAUUGAAAUGAUUGAAUGAAUGAAAUUGCAUUUGUCAAAGGAGGUGUUUUUUUGUUGUUGUUUUUUUUUUUUUGCUCUGCCAUGAACUCUAGACAUGUUUAAGUUUUAACAUGUUUAGGAUUUGUUUGCACACAUCUUGCAUUGCACAUUUCGAGUUGGAUAAAUAUUUGUAUGAUGACAUCAAAAUUAAUAUUGCAGAUUAGUUUCAGGUCAGUUUGGUAUGACAUCGAGGGCUUAACAUUGUAUAUUGCAGAGAGAUUUAAAACACAUUUACUGUAACCUUCCAUUCUGAUUUUUAAUUAACUAUGCUUUCAAUGAAACGCCAAUGCCAGUGGACACUGUUGCAGCAAGAUCAAUAAAGUUCCUUAAUAAGAUAA